UUGCAUGUCGGGACGAUGAGGAUUGUGCCCUAGGUGAUGGUUUCCUUUGGACACUGCGUGCUGCUCUCGUGCCCUAGAGAUGUUAGUGAUCCCCAAACACAGGAUGUGUCCUUGGCCCACAAUGGUUAUUUCAGCCUGUUGUUUUGUUUUGCUUUUUGUUUUUGUUUUUUGUUUUUGUGUUUGUGUUUUAGACAGAAUUUCUCUUGGUUCUCAUGGAACUUACUUUGUAGACCAGGCUGAACUAGAACUCACAGGGAUCUUCCUGCCUCUGCCUCCCUCAUCUUGGGAUUGAAGCUAUUCACCAUGACACUCAGAGUGUCAGCAUGUUCUCAUCUCACACUGAAAUUGUUGAGCUAUUUUUAAACUAAAAAUACAGAGUUGUAACUUAUAGAAGAAGGAGGCCAAAUAUUUUUUACCAUGGACUACUGAUGUCAGGAAGCCAAGGUUCUGGGCCUUCCUGAGUAAUGGACGCUCUGGAACAGUGGGAGAGAGAGAAGCUUGCAGUCUUGUUGCCCUGAAUGCUGGAUGUGUAUAAGGAUCAUGUGGGCUACAUCUUAGAAUCCGAUAACAUACUGUUUGAGUUGAGCACAACAAUACUUAGAAAAAUGAUCAAAGCUUAUCUAUACAAUUAUUUUAAAGGACCCCACUAAUACAUAAACUGCUGAUAUUUUCAUGUAUAAAUAAAAAAAUAAUAUGACUAUUCUCGUUGGCCAAUCUGGGGCAUUAUUCAAUAAGACAUGAAUAUAGAAAUUAAAAAAUUUUGAAAUAAUUAGACAGCAUAGCAAACAUGCUGCUCAACUACAGCACACUGAUACAUGCUGUCAAAUGUGUAAAACACACUUCAGAAAUGUCACAAACAUCAACCAGUACCCAUUAGAGAAAACACAGAAAUGGAACAUGACAAGGAACAGUGAAUUCUGUUCUAUGUUAAAUUCUCAGUAUGAUUAGUCCUUUGCAUGCUGGUUUCCCCGUAUGUUCAGAACCUUGAAUGAUAUUAGUCUGUGAGUUCUUCCUUUAAUGUUCUACCCCUUGCCUCCUCCAUCUCCUGUCCCUUGUCACUGUGCUUUGUGUCGCUGCUGAAUUCUGGACAAAUGCAGAAACCCAGAUGACAGCCAGAGCCACCUCAUUAAAGUCUGUAUUUUCAUAUAAUUUCACAUUCAUGGCUGUGUAUAUUUAGUGUUGACAAGAACCUUCUCCCUCACCAGGACUUUCUGUUGUGAGAACUGUUUAUUUGUGUGGUUUAUAAUAAGCAUAUGGCAUUAAAUGGAUGCUUCUGUGGAUGUAUUUAUUUUACAUUUCACCUGUCUUCAAUGUAUAGAGCCCACAUGGUUUUAUAGCAUCUUUUACCUUGUUUUCCUUUGAAGAUGGGUCCAUUGUGAGGUCAUAUGAGUACCUUUGAUGUGUCUGAAGAAUAUUACUCAGUGAUGUGAGAAACAGGUCUAGCUCUCUUUCAUCCUUACAGAAUCUAGAUUUGUGUCCACAGGCACAUGAUGCCCGUGUAAAGGUUUCUACCACUGUGAUAAAGAUCAUGAGGAAAGGCAAUUUGGAGAAGAAAGGGUUCAUUUCAGCUGACAUCUUCAGGAAAUGCUAUCAUUUAGGGAUGUGGCCAUUGAUUUCUCUGCAGAGGAGUGGGAAUGCCUGGAGCCUGCUCAGUGGCAUCUGUACAGGGAUGUGAUGCUGGAGAAUUACAGCCACCUUGUGUUCCUGGAGCUUGCUGACUCUAAGCCACAGCUGGUGACAUUUCUGGAGCAAAGACAACAGUCUACUGGUGUGAAGAGACAAGAGGUUCUUCAGACUCCUUGCAGGGAAUUGUGGGGAAGGAAUCCGCAGUGUCACUACAGCCAGAACUGGAAUGCCUGAUGGUAUACAGAGAAGCAAAACUGGCCUGGACACAGUCUCAUAACUGUGUGGUUAGAGCUGUUGUAUCAACUCUACUGUGCCCAAGAAAGAAGUCCAGGUGCUAAAGACCUUGCCAACUGUGGGCUUUGCUUUAUCUCCAGCUAGCUGAGUGAACAAGAGGUGAGAUUACAGUGGGCUGCCAGUAGGAAGGAGUGAGCAUUAAACUCUGUGGUAUUGCUUCGGAGUCUGACUCACAGUCUCUGACCAUUUCAUAAAUUCCUCUGCACAAGAAAGCAGAGGUAACUUUUCUGAUGUGUGCCAGGUCACCUUCUCUCUCCCUGUUUUGGGAUCUGCUGCCUGUACAGAGCACUACAGUCUAUGGAAAUUAAAGUAAGGUAAGACCUCAGGUGACACCUGGCAUUAGGAAUGAGAAGGUGUUGCACUGCUGGCCUAAAAUAAGUUUGCAUCCUUUUGUAUUGUUCUAUUUCCUUUAACCACAGGCACAAGAAAGGAUUACAUUUUGAGCUGGGAGAAUCACUGUGGGAUUUGGUAAUAAAGGGACCUGCUUCUUUGCAUUUCAUGGAGGUGUUUUGAGAAGAAUUUUUGCUGUGACUUUACCACCUGUGAUCUAGGAGCCCUGUCGGGAGCCAGUUACCUGCUUCUCUAGCAGAGUAAAACCUUGCCUGCUAGGCCGGGUCAAAACAGAACAGAGUUUGUGGCCUGGCAGAAUGUUCUGCAGAGUGGAAGAUUUCCUGGCCUACUGAUGCAUGGAACGAUAAGAGGAGAUGCACUUGAGGCUCAAGGUGAGGGACUGGACUUCCGAUUAACCUUUGUAGAAGGAGCAGGAAGGCUCCCAGAGGAUAUCUGGAUGGGAACAGAUAUCCUAUGGAUAUGUCAGCCAUUGUGUCUGCGAGCUUGUGGUUUUGCUUCCCACGGCACUGUGGGGUAUAAAACAGGCUAAACUCAUUAAACACGCUGCUGCUGUACUCACUGGACAGUCUUCCCUAUCUGUCUCUUGUCUCUUCUUUCCGUCUUUCCUGCAAUCAUCCUCACUCCUCCCUCAGGGACUGUUUGACAGGAGCAGGCAGUGGCUCCAGCAGAGCCCCACCUAGGAGGAGGGCAGUGAUUCCCUACUAGUGUGGUGGCAAUCAGUACACAAGUGUGGGACUGAAUUUGCUCCCUCGGGAGGUAGAUCACUUCCGUAAAUUGCCACCGAUUUUCCCCCUUGUUCAGAUUCUCUUGGUCCUUUUACCAGUAGUUCUGCAUUUUCAGUUCCUUGGCUUUAAAAAUGAGUCAGUACGUGACAAUGUCUCCACCUGCUGGUAAUGAUGGUUACAACACCAUAGCCACACUCCCCCCCCCCCCCCCCCAAACCCUGUUAAGUCAGUAAUAUUUUCUAAGAAGCGUCAGAGCUUCAGUAAUGUCAAGUAGCGUUGAAUUCAAGUUUCCCUGCGGGACCCACUACAGAUGCGACACUUUGCUUCAGCGAAUACUAUGCGGGUCUGCUCUGGGCGACUGGGAAGCUCCAGUUCACCUAGGGUGGAGUCUUCUGACCUUUGUCAAGUCUUUUGUCUGCAAGAAGCUACCUGCUGAGCAGCUGAGCUUGUUUUCCUGACAGAUCCUGACAAAGCGACUCAACGAGAUCCUGGCAUAGUGGGGGAUGGGUUCUCUCCCCUUUAAAAAUCAGACCCUAGAAUUAAAGUUGAGCCUUGAUCAGA